AGCCCCCAAAAUCCCCCGAAUCCCCCCGAGGAAACGCCUCCCACAGUCACCCCAAAAGCCCUUUUUUAUUUCUCGGCAAGCCCCCUGAAUCGGCCUAGACCAUGGAUGAUCCCAGAGGAGAGCUCGCGAGGCCAUGAAACGGGGGGCGCAGUUGCAACACAGACAGCGAAAAAGCACCGGCACCAGGGAUCUGUCUCUCGCCUCGUUACAUCCCGCUCUUGCGACACCAGCAGCCCGCCAUUCGAAUAAAGUUCCCUGCAAGACAAGAUGUCACGCAACAACGAAAUGUACCGGGAUCGUUCGUCUUGACCAACCAUGCCAGUGCCAAAGUGGCACAGCAUACCAACUACUACCGGUACUCAGGACCCCGUCUGGUUUAGAUAUUUCCUCAACACCGGCAAACACACAAUCCGCCGCCGGAGCACCGCGGGCCUCCGGGGGGGGGGGGCGAGCAGCGGGUUCUCUUUUGAGGCACGUUGCUUUUUUGCUCAUUAUUGACAUGGUUGCCCGCAAAGAUAGGGCUCGGAACAAGGGCUGUAGUUUGCCGGAGACAUCACCGUCCGGAACUUUAAUACACGUGUUGUAUGGUUCAGGGAAGUGCCACUGAGCUCUGCUUGCACUAGUCUGGCGAGUGGUCCCUUGCAUGUACAUAGUGUUGGCAGCUGGCUCACAAGGACUCCUCUGCGCAGUUGAGCAUGCGAGACGUGUGAAAGCAUUGGCAUUGGUUGAGUUCUUGAUGUCUUUGACGCCCAACGU